GUUCCUAAGCAACAGAGGCGCCUCGCGCGUGCGUCAUUUCCUCCAGAGCGCAGUGUCGGUAUCUCACUACGGACUCAGUAGUAGCGACAAGCAAUCCGAGCGAGCCGCACUGACCAGACGCGCUGCUCUUCUGAGCGCAGCUGCCAAACUUUAAACGUUCUUGCUGUGUUUUUGUUUCUUUCGCGGAGCCGGACGCGUCUCUCCACCCGUUUCUCAUCGCACAGUGUGUUCCCAAAAGGAUUAAAGUCACUAUAACGGACGUCAAAUCCUCGCGGGACUUAAUUCGGGUUUGUUGUUUGCCUUUGGAAGAACAGUGUACUUUUUCCACUAUUCAAAGUGAUUAGUAAACCAACUUCAUUAAUAAUCAAAAGUUUCGAAACGGCAUUGCACUAGUUAUUCUGCGUUGUUAGUUUGAAGACUCAACCCAGCAUGGCUGCUCUCACCACUGGUUUAACGCACGAAUCGCGGUGCGCUUCUGUUUUUAGCAAGAGGCAGUGACCGUGCUCUGUUCCUAAUGCCUGAUGUGAAAUCCCCCUGUGGUUUUGAGGUGUCCGAGAAUGAGCACGGAUCUGGAGCGCGCUUCUCUCAAGUCGGGCUCGAACUCCCUGGGCUCCGGUGGCCGCGCGCUUUCCGUUAACGUCAAGAAGUUGCACAACACGCUCAACGUGCUGCUCAACGACUUCGAAAGGGAGCAGUUCAUCCACUGUCUCAACGUUUACCACGCCAAACGCAAUGUCUUUGAUCUCGUGCAGACUCUCAAAGUCAUUCUCAACACAGCCAACAAGCGCCAACUCUUACCCAUGCUGCGCCUGGUCAUACCCCGCUCGGACCAGCUGCUGUUCGACCAGUACACAUCGGAAGGGCUUUAUCUGAAGACGGAUCUGCUGGCGGCCAGUGUCACGCACGAGUGCUCGGAAGACCUCAGCAGCACGAACGCGCAUGCUGGAGCAUCCUCCGUGCACUUUCUGCACGAGUCCGAGCAGGCCGGUCCCAGUCACGGAUCCGUGCGCCAGGCUCUGGUUUUCAGCACCGCGGCUGAGGGGACAGCGCCAGCGCCGAUGCAGGAAGCGCCUGAUGAAAUCCGCCAAGUUACGCUGAAAAGGAGCAAGAGCCACGAAGGCCUGGGAUUCAGCAUACGGGGUGGGUCAGAGCAUGGAGUUGGCAUCUAUGUGUCUUUGGUGGAGCCGGGAUCAUCCGCUGAGAGAGAGGGGCUCAGAGUUGGAGACCAGAUCGUGCAAGUCAAUAACAUGGUGUUUGACCGAGUCACUCAUGGAGAGGCAGUAAAGGUAUUGAAAGGCUCUAAGAAGCUCUCCAUGUCGGUCUGUUCUAUGGGACGGAUCCCAGGUGGUUACGUGACCAAUCAUGUGUACACAUGGGUGGACCCUCAGGGCCGCAGUGUGUCCCCACCACCAGACUUGCUGGAGCAGCAUGGCUCAGGAGGAAGACACUCGGACAUUCAGCAACAUGGCCACACACACAUUCGGCACGAGGGUGCUGAGAAGAAGGUGAAUAUCUCACUGGAUGAUGGGCGAUCUCUGGGUUUGAUGAUCCGUGGAGGUGCUGAGUAUGCUCUGGGCAUUUAUAUCACCGGAGUGGACCGAGGGUCUGCUGCAGAGUACAGCGGACUAAAGGUAGGGGAUCAGAUUCUGGAGGUCAAUGGACGUAGCUUCCGGAGCAUUUCUCACGACGAGGCCGUGCAGAUCUUGAAGAAUUCCCGCCACAUGCUGAUGACCAUAAAAGACGUGGGGCGGCUGCCUCACGCACGGACUGUGGUGGAUGAGACCAAAUGGAUUCCCAGUGCACAGAUCGCUGAGAGCUCGGCCAAUAGCAACGCCCUGAGUGUUCUGCCUGUUGAUGUUGGAGCAGGAAGUUCAGGAAAGUCAAUCUGUUGUAAAGGUGUUGUGCCAGCGGUCGGAGCGGUACGCGCAGGAGCCUGGAGCUCACUGGAGGAGCAGGCGUACAUGCUUCUGACAGAGACAGAGAGACAGACCAUGAGCUAUUACAUUCAAGAGUACCUGCGCGCACACAUCGGUGUAGAGCCUCUGGCCAUGGCCCUGUUUGAACUCUUCAACACACAUGCCAAGCUGUCCUUGCUGGCUGAGGUGCGGACUCUGAUCGCCCCGCAGGAUCUGGAGCGAUUCGACAAGCAGGUGUUACAUCGCGAGAUGGAAGCGUGGAGAGCUCGGCACAGAGGCCCGGGCCUCCUGCACCCUGACUCUAUCUGCGUCACCCAUUCAGAGGGCCACAUUCCUGCUGCCUGCCAGCUGACCACUGCAGUCCCCGGCUACAACAAGAAUGAGUGCAGGCUGGAUGGGAGUUUGAUGCCACUUGAGAGUCUUGAUUCUCUUCCUGAUGUUUCUCUGGACAAGGUGCAGCCGCCAUCCGAGUCACCCCCCUCGUUCAAGCCUCCCCCUCCACCUGUUCGACACGCCAGCCCUAAAAAUCAGACCAAACGACCUUCGUCCAAGCUGUCCCAGACCAAUCUGCUCUUUACUGCCCCCUGUAGGCGGCAUCAGGAAAACCACACCCACAAUCACUCGCAUUCGCCCUGCUCUGCUCACACCUCCCCAUGUACCAUCCACCACACCGCCUCCACCUGCUCUGUCCGUCACACUCCUCCACCCUGCUCUCACCAUCACAGCUCUCCACGAUCAUUAUCAUACCACGCUAGCCCUUCUUCUGGACCCCCAUGUAAAGAUUUGGUUCAGUUUCUGAUGAGCAGGCAGGCGGCAGUGCUCUCCCCACACCUAGAGUCUCCAAAUCGUUCUAGAGAGGGAACCCCCAUGAUCUCUCCACGCUCCUCUCCAUCGAUUUCGCCUUCACUGCUAAUGCCUGCGCCGCCCCCCUGUAGCCCUGAGAAGCUCGAGGACUCCCCCUCUACACACAGCUGCGUGGCCGCCCAGACCAGCCCACUACACCCCGAGCCGGAGACGACAGAGGAAAGGCCUCAGCCCCAACUACGAGGAGCCACACUGUCCCAGCUGUCAGACAGCGGACAGACUCUGAGCGAGGACAGUGGAGUGGAUAUCGCAGAGGCUGGGGGGCUGAGUAAGGACAGCAGCCCGCGACCAGGUAAACCUCCGUUCCUCCAGGUCACAGGUGACACACGCAGAGCGGAAGGACUCGCACAGGCCUCCGCAAAACAGAUGAGAGGAACGGAGCCUACACUUGUACGGGUGCCUAAGUGUGCCAGUACACUGGGGAUUGCUGUUGAAGGGGGUGCCAACACCAGACAGCCUCUGCCGCGCAUCGCGACCAUACAGAUGAUCUCUCUUUGUGGAAAGUUUGAGACAGCUGCUUGUUUCUCUCUUCUUCUUUCUGUCUCUCAGAAGGGGGGCUGUGUGCAUAUCUCUGGACAGUUUCGGGUGGGUCAGGUGAUUCUGGAGGUGAAUGGCGUGUCGCUUAAAGGCAUGGAGCACCGGGACGCAACUCGGGUCAUUGCCGAGGCCUUUAAGACCAAAGACAAAGACUAUGUCGACUUUUUGAUCGCCGAGUUCAACUCUGCUCUGUAGAAGUUGUCUCUUGAGAGUUUUACUAGACGCCACUGUGAAGACUUUACGUCACGUCCACACAGAGCGGCUGAAUGAGUCAUGCUUGUCAUAUCUGAGUCACAGUUAGCUUAGAGUUCAAAAGCUGCAACACGCCCACCUUACGUCUGUGUUCUCGCUAUAACAACGAGCAGCUGCCACACACCUUCACUGAACCUGUUCCUGGUAUGUUCCAGUGGAUGAUCUGCAGAGCCAAGACUGUUGCUGAUAUGUUUGAUAUGACGAGACCAGGGUUAUAUUAAGUCUGUCAGAUCUGUGCCAUAAACACACACACACACACACACACACUACCGUUAAGUUUGGGGCCUGUAUGAUUUCUUGAAAGAAAUCUCUUAUGCUGUCUUAUCUGUGUAUAUUUUAAUAUAUUUUACUCCAUAUACAGCCACAUACUUUAGUCUUUGUUGUUACAUGAUUCUUCAGAAAUCAUUCUAAUAUGCUAAUUUGGUGCUCAAGA